AUGACCUCCGCAGCGGGGCUGCUCACGCUGCUGGAGGAGGACAAUGACACUCUCAAGCAGUAUGCUCUAGUCAAUCUGGACAAGGUCGUACAUGACUUCUGGUUCCAGAUAUCGCCAUCGAUCGCCUCCGUAGAGGCCCUCUACGAGGAUGAGGCCUUCAAGAAAAGGGAGCUUGCGGCGCUUAUCGCCUCCAAGGUGUUCUAUCACCUCGGUGAGCUUGACUCUGCGCUGACCUACGCCCUGGGUGCUGGCAGCUACUUUGACGUCAACGAGAAUUCUGAGUAUGUCCGCACCCUUGUUGCGCGCUGCCUGGACCAGUACUUUGACUCACGGCGGCGCCAGGUGGAGGGCGGCGAGGAGAGCGCUGAGGUGGACCCGCGCCUGGUGGCGGUUGUGGAGCGCAUGGUGGAGACCGCGUGCCAGGCUGGCCAGUGGGAGCAGGCAGUGGGCGUGGCGCUCGAGGCGCGGCGCCUGGACAUCCUCGAGGCCGUUGUCGGCCGCUGCCCCGACAAGGGGUCUAUUCUGAGCUAUGCGCUGCGGGUGACGCAGCGCCUCGUCAUCAACCGCAACUUCCGCCACCAGGUGCUGCGCCUGCUGGUGCGCCUGGCGGAGGAGUCCCCCUCCCCGGACUGGGUGGAGGUGUGCCAGUGCCUCAUGUUCCUGGACGAUGCGCCGCGCGUCGCCGCCAUCCUGGGGCGCUUGGUGGAGGGCAGUGAGGAUGACGCCCUGGUGGCCUAUCAGGCCGCGUUCGACCUCGUGGAGAACGAGAUGCAGUCGUUCCUCCAGGCCGUCCUGGAUCGCCUGCCAAAGCCGCCAGAGCCCGCGACGCCCGCGCCCGUCGCCGCCGCGGCUCCGGCCGACGGCGCCGCCAUGGACACCGACGGCGCCGCUGACGCCGCCGCGGACGCCAACGGCGGGGCUCCCCCUGAGGCUGCGGCCCCUUCAGUGGACCCGGCCAAGGCCGAGCGGCUGGCAAGGCUGCUCGGCAUCCUGGCCGGCACCACGCCCAUCGGCCUGACGCUGGAGUUCCUGUACCACAACAACCACGCUGACCUGCAGGUUCUCAAGAACCUCAAGGCCUCGGUGGACGCGCGCGUCAGCGUGCUGCACAGCGCCACCAUCCUCGCCAAUGCCCUUGUGCACGCGGGCACGAGCGUGGACACGUUCCUGCGCGAGAACCUGGAGUGGCUCAGCCGCGCCACAAACUGGGCCAAGUUCAGCGCCACAGCGGGGCUGGGCGUCAUCCACCGCGGACAGCUGCAGCAGGGCAAGGCCCUGCUGGCGCCCUACCUGCCUCGCGACGGCGCUGGCGGCUCCCCCUACAGCGAGGGCGGUGCCCUGUACGCCCUGGGCCUCAUCGCCGCCAACCACGGCGCAGGCCACAGGACCUUCCUGCUGGAGAGCCUACGCGCGGCCGGCAGCCCCGUCAUCCAGCACGGCGCCUGCCUGGGGCUAGGCCUGGCGUGCCUGGGCACGUGUGAUGAGGAGGCCUUUGAGGACCUCAAGAACACGCUGUACACGGACGACGCCGUCGCGGGGGAGGCUGCCGGUCUGGCGAUGGGUCUGCUGCUGUGCGGCAGCAGCAGCGACAAAGCCCAGGAGAUGCUGGCCUACGCCCACGACACGGCCCACGAGAAGAUCAUUCGCGGCCUGGCCCUGGGCCUGGCACUGACGGGCUACAGCCGCGAGGAGGGUGCUGACGCCCUGGUGGAGCAGAUGAGCGGCGACCAGGACCCCAUCCUGCGCUGGGGUGCGAUGUUCUGCCUGGGCCUCGCGUACCGUGGCACGGCCAACAACAACGCCAUCGCGCGGCUGCUGCACUGUGCCGUGACGGACGUGUCUGACGACGUACGGCGCGCGGCGGUCACCAGCCUGGGCUUUGUGCUCAUGGGCAACCCCGAGCAGUGCCCGCGCAUCGUGUCGCUGCUGGCGGAGUCGUUCAACCCCCACGUGCGCUACGGCGCGGCCCUGGCCGUGGGCAUCGCCUGCGCCGGCAGCGGUGGGCGCGAGGCUGUGGCUCUGCUGGAGAGCAUGGUGGCGGACAGCGUCGACUUUGUUCGACAGGGUGUGUACAUCGCCCUGGCGCUGGUGCUGCUGCAGCAGCCCGAGGGGCGCGUGGAGGGCCUGCGCAAGAGGCUGGCCAAGGCAGUAGGGGACAAGCACGAGGAGACCAUGGCGCGCAUGGGGGCAUCGGUCGCAACAGGCAUCCUGGAUGCAGGCGGCCGCAACGUGACGGUGGGGCUGCGCUCCCGCAGCGGCUACUUCCGGCGCACCAGUGUCGUGGGCCUUGCGCUCUUCACAUACCACUGGUACUGGCACCCUGUUGCGCACUGCCUCUCCCUGGCGUUCACGCCCAGCGCGCUCAUCGGGCUGGACGCGUCCCUGCGCACCCCCAAGCUGGAGGUCAACGUGGCGGCGCGGCCCUCGCUCUUUGCGUACCCACCGCCACUCACGGUGGAGGCCAGCAAGGAGGUGGCCAAGGUGGAGAAGGCCGUGCUGUCCACCACCGCAAAGGCGCGCGAGAGGGCGCGCAAGAAGGAGCUGGAGAAGAAGGACAAGGAGGGCGGCGCAGCGGCGGAGCCCGCGGCCAAGGAGGGACCCAGCGCCAUGGACACGGACGACAAGGCGGCGGCGGCAGCGGGGUCAGGAGCAGCGGCCAAAGAGGGCGGCGGCGCGGAGGGCGCGGUCAAGGCGGAGGGCGAGGAGGGCGGUGGUGCAGGUGCUGCCAGCGCUCCCAAGAAGCCGGACGAGCCGAGCAGCUACGUGCUGACGACGCCGUCCCGCAUGACGCUGCAGCAGGUCAGGUUUGUGAGCUUCGCGCCCGACUCCCGCUUCGUGCCUGUCAAGCGCGGCGCCCCGCCGAUCGGGUUUGUGGUGCUGCGCGACACGCGGCCCGGGGAGCCCGUUGACUAUGCCGCCAGCGCGGCGGUCGGCGGCGUGGUGGGCGCGGCGGGCGGUGCGGCAGGGGCGGGGCCCGCAGCAGCGCCAGUGCAGGACGCGGAGCCGCCGCCCCCGGCGCCUUUCGAGUUCGAUGGCUGA